AGAAUAAACAUAUGAAAUGAUGCUGGAUACGGAAGUUCGAGUGCUGCCAUUUACGGAAGAGGAAAAGGCACGACUUAAUGAGAAGGUGAGAAAGAUGAAGUUUUCUCGACCACCGCCGAAGUUGCCUAAAACGCGAGUCCCAACUCGUAUCUCUUCGCCAUGCUCUCUACGGACGUCACGAACAUCGGGAAGCACCGAUGGAGGGAAGAGUGAGGGAAGCUCACUUGUCGAUGACAGUGGCAUAUCGUCCUGUGGGUCGGACAAAUGCCUCACACCUUCACAACCAUCGCCACCUAGCUCUGUUGACGAGUUCGGACAGUGUUCGUCUGUUGUGACCAAAUUAGAGCCACCUUUCGAUAUCACAUGUGACAAGUAUGUUUGCGACGGUGAUGACUGGGUGCCAGAUGAGUCAGCAAUCGACGUGAAACAUGAUCUCGAUAUAGAUAUCAGUGCUGUGGCACAAGAGGAUUACGUGAAAGCAAGCACCAGUUUUGCCGCAUCGGAUAAUGCUAUGAACGAAGAUUCCGUGAAAGUCGACUCCAAGGGCGAUAUUCUACGUCAUAAUCAUACUUACGCGACUCUUUCUGUUGAUGUACCACCGCUUGGUCCAGUGGAAAAAAUCGAUGCCACCAGCCCCAUCGUCUUUAGUGAACGUCUCGAAGCAAGCCUAACCCGAAAACGAGUUGAACUUAUAGAAACCUCCCCACUUCCCCGAUUACCUAUUGGAAAGUUUGAAGAGCCGAAAUAUGGUCGUGUGCUCCUUUCACGUACUUUUCCGAUCUCUUCCUUACAACAUAUAAUGUCCUCCACUAUGCAGAAUCUGGAGGGUUACAGAGCCCUAGGAAGACCAAGUUUAUGCCAGGCUAAGGGUAAACCCCCUCCGGACUCGUCUUUGGUCGCUGACAUAGAAGCAGAUUUGAAUAAGGAGACAGUGGAAGUACGGCCACCAACUGCAUCUGUCUUGAAGAAAAAAAGGAAAAGAAAGAUUUGUAAGAAGCCAGACGAAGGUGCUUCAGUGCCCGAGAUUGCGGGAAAACGACAACAAGUUACGAAGGCUGAAGUGGAGGAGCCGAGGGCGGUAGCAUUGAAAAAGGAAUGCGUAGUGAAUGGCCAGGUCAAGUCGCCGACUGAACCUCCCAUCAAAAUGAUUUUCCGAAAAGAUGCCGACAGAAAAAUCUCAGCAGUCCGUUUGGAAAUCCCGGAUCUGGCGAGUACUCACACAGGAAGCUCGGGUCCACCGUUGAGUUCUCCGAAAGCCGCUGCAUCUCAAGCUAAGCCCUCCCAUACUUCUUCAUCUUCUACUACAGUGGAAGUUGUGGAUGCAAGAGGUGAGAAUAGCAGUGGUGGCCUUAAAAUCCGAAUCAAACUGCAUCCAUCAGCUGGCAGUGCUGAAGCGACCAUAGAAACAGCUGGAAAUUCGCAUCCUGCAGAAGCUGCUAGAGAGACCGAAGCUGAAGUGAAAAAGGAAAGCCCUAAUCCGGUCGCGAAAACAGCGCAGGAUAGUAAAAAUGUAGUUGAAGAUGAUGAGGAUGACAUCAUCAUUGUGCAUGAGAACAUCAGAAAACCGUCGCCACCAGUGCAGCAAACUCGUCCGUGGGCCCAGCUCAAUGUGAUGGAGCAAUCGUAUGUAGCCAAACUGGCGUCGUUGCUGAAAGUCACCGAAGUCGAUAUAACACGGAGGGAUUGGUUUGAGGAAAUCUGUGGAAAGGUUGAGAAGACUAUCUACCACUUGGAUCUCGACAUUUCAACGCUAAAAGGUUCGAGAGUAAACUAUAGAAAGAGAGUCGAACACGUACGCUUCAUUCGCGAUCAGUUGCGACUGCUGUUUGCGGAACGUCAAAGCAGAUCCUAUUGGGACAACAAUUACAAGAUGAGCGCAACUUCGGCAAGGAGAUGCCAGCAGCGUCGUGCAUUUGUGUCUGAUUCAUCCGGUUUUGCUAGCGAAUGUGGCACUUCGGCGAAAGCGAACAUGGUGCGACAACCUCCAGCAUUAAAUCGACGAGGAAAGCUGGAUAAAAUUGUUGAAAGGUUGCGCCCAGCUGAAAUCAUUCUGAAAGAUCCAGUGCCGUCCUCGGAAGUUUUCUUCGCCGUUCACAGUCAUCAGAGAUUAGAUAUGCUUUCAAAAGUUUGGCACGAUUUACCAAAAUAUAAAAAACCCCGCGGCAGACGUUCUAUUGGCAGAGGCAGUGUGAUGGGUUGGCCCAGGAGCUUCGAUCCUCCGAGAUCAUUUAUGAUGGAUGUUGACGGUCGUGCAGUCAUUUUACCUUUGGAGCAGAAGUAUGGUGGUCCAUCAGGCCCCAUGUUCAGUCAAGGCCCAACUGCAGCAUUGGCUAUCGGAAAUGAUCAAUGAGCUGUUCAAUGAGGUGCAAUGGCUAUCUCAUUUGAGCUUUUUUUGUACAGAAUCUGAGCAAAUUAGUUACUUGCUCUGAUACCACUAGUCACUAGUUUUAACAUUGCAUAUUGAGCGCUGUCCCAUAAUAAUGUAAGCAAGCAUUUUGCGGGAACGUGUUUUUACAUGCACAUUUGCGCCCGGUUCUAUUUUAUGUUUGACAUCCCUGCGAGGUUCUCAUAUUUAUGAUUCAACCUAAAUUAACAGUCUCGAUUGCCUCUCAAAUAGGAAUUUUUCUAGUAGAAACUGUACUAUUUCAAAGGUGAACGGACUGAUUCCAAUAUUCUACCACUCAUGCAUGACAUAUGCUAGGUAUUGAGUGGUUGUUAGUACGAAUUUCUGUAAAUAUUGUUUCUUGACUUGGUGCUUUGAGAUAUGCAGCUUACCAUUGUUUCUGUUUACUUUGUUACUUAUGCGGCAAAUUGUCGCUAUUGUAAAAUCUCACUCAUGUUCCUUAUGUAAAUAAAUGUUACAAAUCAGG